AUGUCCCUAUUGCGCGAAGCUGAGAGAUGCGUCGCUAAUCAGUAUGCACACAAUUUCAACGCAUUCAUAACCCCGCUGUCGCGUACCGGGUCAUGGCAGGACCGUGUCAGAGAAGCAGAUGCGCGCAGGGAAGAGGGAAACCCCAAGUCCCCUGUGGAUGGUCGCCUGAUAUCCAUCAAAGACAACAUCUGCACACGCGAACUUCCGACGACAUGCGCUUCGAAGAUCCUGGAUAAAUUCACGAGUCCGUUCAAUGCCACAGUUGUCGAUCAAUUAGAGGCCGCCGGGGCCAUUGUCGCGGGAAAGACAAAUCUGGAUGAAUUUGGGAUGGGCUCCAACUCUAUCAAUUCACAUUUCGGUCCUGUCAGGAACCCUCGUCGAGAUUCCAGCGGGGAGGACGUCUCGGCCGGCGGCAGCUCCGGUGGAAGCGCUGCCUCAGUUGCCGCAGACCAAUGCUUUGCUUCAAUAGGGACGGAUACCGGAGGAUCGGUCAGACUGCCAGCUGCGUACACCGGGACAGUGGGAUUCAAACCGUCCUACGGACUCAUCUCACGAUGGGGGGUGGUGGCAUAUGCCAAUUCUCUAGAUACAGUGGGUAUAAUUGGGAAAACUGCGGGCAACGUGCGAGACAUCUUCAAUAUCCUCAACCUACAUGACCAGCGUGAUCCUACCAGCCUGUCAAUACCAUCCCGCUCUCGAAUCCAAGCCGCCAUCGAAUCACCACAAUUGGCAUCGCGGCUGAAUUCAGCCCCUCUUCGCAUCGGUGUGCCAAAGGAGUACAAUGUUUCCGAGCUUACCUCCUCAGUGCGACGGGCUUGGGCGCUUUCCCUAGCACACCUCAAAAAGCAAGGACACACCGUCCACUCCGUCUCUCUACCCGAUACAAAGCACGCACUAUCUACCUACUACGUCUUAGGACCUGCCGAGGCCUCUUCAAACCUGGCCAAAUUUGACGGAGUGCGUUACGGGUCUCGCGCCGAAGGUCCAGAUGGCGACGGAAAGCCUGACGGGUAUCUAUAUUCAAAUACCCGUGGCCAAGGGUUCGGGCAAGAAGUGAAAAGACGUAUCGUUCUAGGAACAUUUACCUUGAGCGCCGGUGAGUUCGACAACUAUUUCAUCCAAGCACAACGGGUGCGUCGUCUGGUCCAGCAAGACUUCAAUGCGGUCUUUGCGGCUAAACACCCCCUGGAGGUGGAGCACACAGACAAGCUCAUAAGAGAACAUGACGUCGAUGUCAUUAUAUGUCCUACGGCUCCCUCAUCCCCGUCACGACUGAAGGACCUGAUGAGCAAAUCUGCGGACAAGUCACCUCUGGAUCCAUAUGUCGGAGACGUGUUCACUGUUCCCGCCAGUCUGGCUGGUUUGCCUGCAAUCUCGGUUCCCGUCACAGUGCCUGGGGAAGAAGGCGCUGAACUGGCAGGGAUUCAGGUCAUUGGCCAAUAUGGAGACGACCAGUUGGUCCUGAAGGUGGGAGAGAUGUUGGAGGGAAAGAGCUUUGACUAG